GCACAUCAGUUUCUCGAGCUCUGAUUGGUUACCAGCCAAGGCGAAGCCCUGCCAGUUACCUAGGAUCUGUUUCCUGAGUGGAGAGGCCUGCGGAACAGGGUGGGAACUUAGCUCAACGCCCAAGGUCUCUCCGCUGUGCUUGGACUGCUGCCCACAGGUAAGCCACCCUAUUUCUCCAGCUCUGGCUGAGCCUCAAGCCUGCCUACCGGGGUCAGGGUUAGCAGCUGCCCACCGAGAACGUCCACACAGGCACUCCACCUCGGAGCACUGAAAAAAGGAGGCUGCACACGUAAAUAAGAGGCCACGGUAGCGGUCCUGGCAGGGCCCUUCCUCUGACCAACUUUGUGGUUCUUUGCCUACAAAUUGGAAUUCACUUGAAACUGUCAGAUCAGAACUUAAUUGGUUUUAUUGAGAGGACUGUUUUAAUUAUAAAAAUGUAUUUCUCACCUCAGGAUUGCUUGAGAGGAUUGCAUAAGAGAGCAGACUAUGUGACCUUUUUAGCAAGAGCAUCAUUGUACAUAGGACACAAGGCUAAGAGGACUGCCAUUCUUAGGUGGGCAGCCUUGGGCAAGCUACACCUGCAUCCUGGCCUCAUCUUUAAGGGGAACUAUGGUUUAAUGAGGAGUAGAUGUGAGGGCUUUGUUUUGUUUUUUAAUACUCUGAACUACUAUUAACUCGUUUAACAUGAUCUUUCACCAAGGAAUAGCGUCCCCAUGUUCCUGAUGCCCACACUGCCCACACAGAAAGGUGAUAUUACUUCCUAAAAAGUCACAGCUAAUUGGAGAUUAAUUCCAAGGCAGUGUAGCUGCGCUAAAGUAACUCACUUUUGCCCUCUGCAUUGUUUCAUAGCCUGAUUUGUUAAUUUGCUGUUAUUGCCUUGUGCAUCGUGUUCUUUGUUUGCUCAUUACAGGAAAUAACAGUAUUCAGUCUCGGCUCUCCCCUGCAUACACAGUCACUAUGGGCUGCUCAUAGUUCUUGCUAACGCCAUUUCUGAAGUGAAAAAGGUGUGGGCCUUCCUUAUUUUUUUUUUGUAAAGUCUGUAACUCUCAAGUUCUCAGAUGGUCUGUGAUCCCAACAGAAAUAUGAAAUGUUUGGCCAGGAGAGCUAGUGCCUACCAUCCUGACAGCAGCCUGAGCUUAAAACAAACAAACAAACAAAAAAACAAACAAAAAAACCCUACAAGUUGAAUGGACAAUUGAUAAAUAUUACUAUAAAGUAAAAAAACACACCGGGAACUGCCUGCCCCUCUCUUUCCCAGAGUCAGUGAUGGCAGCCCAUGAAGGGCAGGGAGACAGUUCAUUAGAACACGGUGCUGCAAAGUGGGUUGUGUGGGAUAGUGAAGCAGAAACGUGAGGGGUCACAGCCAUCCCAGGUGGAGCAUUGCAGUCCAUGGUGCCGUAAACACCCUUAAAGGGGACAUGGGGCUUCAUCUAUUCUGAAACAUCAGAGGCAUUUCCUUAAGAAAGUGACGCUUACUUCUGAGAGUUGAUUGACAAAAGCACAGUCUUUGGAGACUAUGUAGUGGGAACAGAGUCCGCCGGGACUGAGAAGUGACUGGUUUGUGAGGAAGGGAGAUGGGAAUUCAGGUGGCAGAAAGUCUUUUCUACAAAUUAUUGUAUGUCUGUCCUAAAGUGCCACUGAGGUCUAUUGCAGAGAGGUGACAGAAUCACAUUUUAGAAGCUACAGAGGAGUCCUAAAUGGACUGACUGAAGCCCUGGAGAAGGACAAAAUCGCUCAGGAGAGACUAUAAGGUACAAUGUGGACAUUCUCAGCCUUAAGAUGUGGAAAUUUAGCCAGAGCUCACAGCAUGCCGUGGAGGUUGCCGACAGGACACCAACUCUGCAGACUGUGUCUUCUCAGAAAGCCGCGACCAGCUCUGAAAAUCAAACCCUCUUCAGCUUGUGUCACCUACGGAACGGACAGCCAGUCAGAUAAAGAAAACAAGAGAACGGUGGAAAAGCUCAGUGCAUGUUCAGUUGACAUUAGAAAAAUCCGCAGGCUGAAAGGAUGGGUGCUUCUAGAGGAAGAAACCUACGUUGAAGAGAUUGCAAAUAUUUUGAAAGAACUAGGUGCCAAUAAAACUGUGAUUGCCAGUAUAUUAGAACGCUGUCCGGAAGCGAUUAUCUGCAGUCCCGCUGCUGUUAACACCAAAAGGAAACUCUGGCAGAUGGUCUGCAAAAACGAGGCAGAGUUAGUGCAGUUAAUAGAGCAGUUUCCAGAAUCUUUCUUUACUGUCAAGAACCAGGAGAACCAGAAGCUAAAUGUUCAGUUCUUUCAAGAGCUGGGACUCAGAAAUGUGGUGAUUAGCAGGUUUCUGACAACGGCCUCUAGCAUUUUCCAUAAUCCUGUAGAGAACAAUAAACAAAUGAUAGGGGUUCUCCAGGAGAGCUACCUAAACUUAGGUGGAUCUGAGGCCAAUGCUAAAGUGUGGCUACUAAAAUUAUUAAGCCAAAAUCCCUUCAUUGUGUUACAUUCUCCUAGAGCUGUAGGUGAAACGCUGAAAUGUCUUCAAGGGCAAGGCUUCACAGACUCUGAAGUUCUUCAGCUUCUGUCCAAACUUAAAGGGUUUCUUUUCCAACUUCAGCCAGGAAGUAUCCAGAACAGUAUUUCCUUCACUAAGACUACUUUUGAGUGUACAGACUAUGACCUACGACAGUUAGUUGUGAAAUGCCCAGCCCUUCUAUGUUAUCCUGCUUCUGUCCUAGAAGAGAGAAUCCAGGCACUGCUGAAAGAAGGCAUCUCCAUAGCUCAAAUAAGAGAGUCACCAAUGGUUCUGGAAUUGACGCCACAGAUAAUUCAAUAUAGGAUAAGAAAGCUGAAUUCUUUAGGCUACGGAAUAAAGGAUGGACAUCUAGCAAGUCUAAAUGGAACAAAAAAGGAGUUUGAGGCUAACUUUAGCAAAAUGCAAGCCAAACAAGGAAGGCCAUUAUUUAACCCUGUGGCAUCAUUAAAGGUUGAAGAGUGACAGGACAAAGUGACUUAAGCAAUUCAGCUUAUAAGCACUAAGGAUUCUCAGGACCUACUGAGAUUGAGUUGUGUUCAAGUUACCUCUUAAUUGGUAGUUUCUGACUCAUUUGCUGUAUUUUAAAAUGUAAACUGUGCUUAAAUAAAACCAGUAACUUUAAUCUUGGAACUAUUAUUCCAAAACAUCAUAUAUUAAGCGGCAGGAGUGUGAUAGUUCACAGGAAUCAUUUUGAAGAAAUUGACAGUUCCACUCUUGACCAGAGUACAGGAACACCUCUGUUCCAUGAGCUGCUACCAGAGUAUAAAUCCUCACGGCCAGCCUUGAGUCACUAACAGGCCAACAACAUAUUCUUUUAGAGAGAGCUAACUUCACCUUGUGUUUGUAGUGAGUAUCUUUGACGAGUAUUACUCAUCCAGAAGGACUAAGAGCCUACUUCUGUGGUCAGUUUGAAAUCUCCUAAGAAACAAGCACUCAUUCCAUUCCUCAUUUUACAAAUGAGGUUCAUAGCAGAGUUCAGAUUUAUUAAGAUCUGAAUUCUGUUUAAUUUCAGGAAAAGAUUUUCACCUUUCCCUAAACAGCAAAAGAAAGGAAUGCACACAGAUUAUAGGGGAGGGGUCUGAAAACUAAUUUCAAACUUAAUUCAUGCACUUGAAAUGAAUGUAGCUUCCUAGAAAGCCUGAAAACCUACCUUAUGUGAUACCCCACUUUCAGUUGUAGUAUUUCCACUUCCACUUCUAAGAUAAACAUCACCCAGAUAAAGAAUGGCUCACUUUUCAGGUGUACUGUUUGUAACAACUGUAAUAUUCAUUGUUUGUAAUGCACAACAGUUGACUAUGUGGUGUGCACAGUUUCUCAAUAUAAUGAGGCAUGCAGCCUUUAUCUUAUUUUUUCAUUCUCUUAGCCAAUGCAAAUAUCCCUCACUAUCCAAAUCUGUUUAGUUCCUUAGUUGGGAUAAUGAAUAGUAACAAGUGCCCAGGAAGCUAAGAAUACUUAACUCUUCUACAAUAAGACUCAAAGUAAGGCACUUACCCAAAGCACUUAGGACUAUCAAGAAAAAUGUUAAGACCAGAUGUUGGCAGCUGUGGUCUAGUGGCAGAGUUCAUGUUUCACCUUGAAUUCAAUCACAAUUGUGUACUUGAAUAUAUACAUAUGCGUGUAUAAGAAAAAGAACAUGUGCUUCAUUCAGUGUAGCACAAAAUGAGAAGCAUCACUAUCUAUCUAAGGAGCAGGAGUCCAUACUAAGUGUUUAGACCUUUUUCCUGGCAAUUAUCAGUAAUACACGCACUGGCUCACUUUCUUAAAGCAGGUCUGGAAAACAUUACAGGCUACAAGGUCCUCUACAGUUACCUGUCAACUGUGAGGUGAUCAGUAACAGGCAAGAGGCCAAGAAUGAAGCUGUGAGAAGUCAGAAGUGGAGAUAAACAUCAGCACCACUUGCACUGCUGUAGCAUUUAGAGUCAUUGCUGUAGAUGAGAUGUCACAGAGAGGCAACUAAGAUGUGGGGAAGUGACUAAUGAAUUUGGAAUAGGGCAAUCACUGGUUGACUUAUCCAGAGUGACUGUUGGAGUAGGGAAGUGAGAAGGCAUUGUAGAGUGGGUUGAAGGGCUCAGGACACAGCACGUGGGACAUUAGAACCUAAGUUAGGUUUAACUCCUAGAACUCACAGAAGAAACGCCAGCGUGAAGGGGCCACGGGAUCCUUAACUACAUACAAUAGAAAAGUGUUCCCUAGGUCUAGCUCUUCAGCUUUCACACUUUAGUAUGCCCAAGAAUAACCCACAAAGGUUGUUAAAGAGACUGAACAAACUGAGAUGACGAAAUCUAGACAUUUGAAUUUUCAGACUUUUAGUUUUUGUGUUUGCACUUUACUGUUGUGUCUACAUCCAUAUCAUGUUUGUAAAGUAUCACCAAAAAAAUUUACUGCAGCACACCCUGAACUGUGUAAUCUUAACUUUUAAGAUCAUCCUGUUUACAAAAUCCCUUUAUUUCUGUAGAUCUUUAUGAAACAUUCCAUCUUUGUAGAUCAUAGUCCUUUAUUAUCAGAUUCAGGUGUUCUUUCCCAUCCCUUUAAUACAAAAAUCCCCGCAUUAUUCAAUCAGGUAUUUUCAUCUGACAUUUCACUAAAUACAAUAUUCAUAUCAACAUUGUUAGAUCAGUCAUUCAAGUGGGUCACACAAAUUUAUCUUCACUGUGCCAAAACUCAAAAAUGGAGUCGAAUAACAGAUACCUCCAGGUGUAUACAACAAAGUAAACUAGUCCUGUUUAACAGGUCAAAUUGCUAGUCUACAUAAACUAGAAGGGACUCAGGUAUAUAGCUGUACACAUCAUCAAAUGGCAAGUUCAUUUCAGUUAGAACUACAGCUACCUGUAUAUUUGUACAGUUCUCUGCUAUCGUAAAAGCCCCUCUGAACCACAUUAUACUUUAGCAUUUAAGACAAUUGAGAAAAUUUACCAGUUGGCUUUUCUGUAGCAGAAAUUAAUUAGCCAUUUUUCCUCAAGUGAUUUUAAAGACAAGCAAAGUUGAAAAUAAAUAUGCAAGCAUAUAGUAUACUAAGCCUACACUUAGACUAAUUCAAGUACAAAGCAUAGUAGAACCUCUAAGUUAGAAAUACAAACCAGAUAUGAAUCAAUAAAUUCUUCUAAAUAGCAGGAAUCAAUUUCUCCAAUACCAUUAUUUAGAUCACUGAGAAUGGGUCUAUUAAUUUUGGAACUUUAAAAAUACCAUUUGUUAACACAUUUCACCAAAUGUAUCAACAAAUGUCUCUUAAAUGAUAUUGCAUGAAAUAAAUGACCAUUUAAUUCCUUCUAAAUUUAAUUCAGUGAUUUUAAAUUUUGUAUAAACAAAGUUUCAAGAACAUCUGUAGAUUUGCUUGACAGUCCUGCUGUUAUUUAUGAGUGCUUUUUAAAUUUAUAUUUUUAUUCAACUGUUGGCCCACAUUACUAAUAGAAUCCUCUUAAGAGUUCCAAACAUUUGAACCUACAUAUUCAGGUGAUCUUCUUCUGGUCUCAGGAACACUACAUUUUGACUUACACCAAGGCACCACUCCCUUCCUCUCUCCAGGGAGUUAGAAGGGGCAGAAUGAAGACAGAAUUCUAGUUUUAGGUAUAAAGAAAAUUAAGAAUUUUUUUCAGGCUUAGAUUGUAAGAUAAAUGCCAAAUAUAUGUCACUUAUAAAUUUCCAUGAAACUAAGCAUUAAGACAAAAAGAAAUGAACUUCUGAGUUACAUUCUGUGAAAAUGAAUAUGUUAUGAUAACACAUUAAGACACAACACACUUACCAUCCAUAUCAAAAACCUUCAACUCCCUGCCUGAAACUGGCUUGAGAAAUGGUAUGUCUACAGCUGCUUUAAAGGGCUAUAAGAGAACAUGUUUUAAAGCUAUGAACGAAUUUCACUACGAAUGCAACUCAGUUGGUACAGUACUUGCCUACUAUGCAUGCAGCCCUGGGUUCCAUCCCCAACAUCACAUAAAGCAAGCAUGGUAUCUCAUGCCUUAAGCCCAGCACUUGGGAGGUGAGUGCAGAAUUAGAAGCGCAAGAAUAUCCUCAGCUACAUAUCCAGUUCAAGACCAGCCUGGGCUUUAGAAGACCCCAUCUCAAAGAAAACAACAACAACAAAAAAAAAAAAAAAAAAAAAACCCUAAAUACGUCAUUGAAAGCAUUUAUCUAUUUUUUUUAAAUUCAAAGCCAAUGUAUAGAGCCCAUCUCAUUCAUUUGAAGAGUCAAUCCUCAUAUAUUAAUGGUUGAUUUUAUUGUAUUUUUAAAGGAAUUACUACUAAUAAUUUAAGACAUCCUAAAGAAAGAAUAAGCAUGAAGGAUUAUCUUAGGUUACUAGGAUAAUUAUAAGAACUUAAAAAUUAAUAUUUGCCGGGUGUGGUGGUGCACACCUUUAAUCCCAGCACUCGGGAGGCAGAGGCAGGUGAAUUUCUGAGUUCGAGGCCAGCCUGAUCUACAAAGUGAGUUCCAGGACAGCCAGGGCUACACAGAGAAACCCUGUCUCGAAAAAACAAAACAAAACAAAAAAAAAAAUGUAUUCCUUCUCAAUAUGAAACUUCCCACAUAGCUUUUGAUGAGCUAAGAAAUGUUCCAUAGAUACUGUGGGGUGUAUUAAGGAUGGGAGCAUGAAUCCAACUACUAAAGCACAUUUCGUGUUAACUACUCACAACAGCUGAUAAGCACUCUUACCCACUGACACCAGGAAACUCCUUUACCUCAAUACUCCUGAGAUUUUUAAGAGGGAAACUAAUUUUACAACCUUUGAAAGAGUUCACUGAUAAUUAUAAGAACUGCACAUAUUUAAGAUUAUUAGAAAAGAUGUUUUCUUUUGUAAGGCAUCAAUGAUUAAACAAACAGAAUGCUUAUCUAACCAAAACAAA